UAAUGGCAACAUCAGGACUCCAUUUUUUUUGUGGUGUUAGAGCUAACAUAACCUUUUUCAUAAAAGUAAUUUGAUCAAGUAGAAGAAAUAGUGUUAUUUGUAAUAUAAAUACGUGUUUUUUUUGUUAUAAUUGGUGAAUAAACAUGGCAGAUUCAGUUAAUAUGUCACUUGACGAUAUAAUAAAACAAAAUAAACAAAAUCGUGCGAGUAGAACUCGCGGUAGAGGUGGCGGUGGAAAUGCUCAGAAUCGAGUGAGCAGCAAUGGCAGUGGUCGUGGUCGCGGUGGAGGCAGAGGCAGAGGCCGAGGUCGCGGCCGGGGGCGUGGGCGCGGGCGCUCGCAGUCACGUCCUGGUACGCCGGGUGGUAGACAAGGCCGUUCAAGAUCCCGCGGGCCACAAGGCCGCUCCCAAUCUCGCAGCAGGUCACAGUCGCGAUCACGAUCUCGUUCACGCCAACAGCGACGUUCUAUCUCGAGAGCUAGGUCUGCUUCCCGAUCACGUUCUCAACUCCGUUUGACACCGAAAGGCCGAGCUGGAUUAGAAGAUCAAAUUCCUGAUAUGCCUCAGCUUGUUCGAGGAGGAGGUUUGAAUAGAGGUGGAUGGCAAAACAGACUCAGACGUUCAAAUUCUAACCCAAAUCUUUUUAACAGUAUUCAUAACAGACUCGGUUUGAACACAAACAGAGGUGGAUUUAAUAGUCGCAGACCAUUAGCUGUAGCUAAAAGAGGGAUUUCAAAACGUGGAAGAGGUUUGAGCACCAACAAUAGAUACAGUGCUGUUGGUUUAAGGUCUGAUCAAAUUUUAAAAGAACAGCGCCAACAUCUUUUACGUCACAACAAUAUUAUUAAAUCUCAAACUUUCACUAGAUCUAGAAAUAAUUCCUUUAAUGCUUCCCAGUUGACAGUUAGUGUUGCUAAUGAUUUCACAAAAAGGCGUCGAAACAGUGUUGGCAAUGCUGGAUAUCUAAACAGACAAAGUCUAGCACAGUUGAAUAAUCAAUUUGGAGGCUAUAAUACGCGACGUGGUCCUGGUAGCAUCAAGUCAAUGGGCUCUAAUCGAUCCAAUAGAUCAAACCGCUCCAAUGUCUCUAAUGCAAGCAGAAGAUCAACUAGAUCACGAGGCCGGGGUAGGGGUGGAAACAGAGGAGUUGGUAGAAAGUUUGUCAACAAACAAAUACUUAAUCCCAAAUUACAGAAGGAAAUUGCAGCUAUUCAAGGAAAGUCUUAUGGUAAUAAUAAUGUAAACACUGCAGAGGCACCUGGUGGAAUCAACUUCACUCCAACACCUGCAGCUACAGGACAAACUUUACAUCAAAGAUUUGCUAGUACAUAAUUGACUUAAAUUUUUAUAAUUUUAUUGUAAAAAAAGUACACAAGUAUCAAAAGUUAUUGUACUAUAUAGAUAUAGUAUAGUAGAGAUAAUGAUGAAUAGGUCUGUUAAGUAUAAGGAUUACACUAUAUGAUGACCAGAUUUUUUGUUUUGGGUUGGGUAACAUUGCCUACUGUUGAAACUAACCUACAGCGCUUUUACAAAUUGUGAAUUAGGUUUUUUCUAUAAUUAUAAUAAUUGACUUUCCUAAUUAACUUGUGUUUACUCUGUAAAGUGCAAAGAAUUGCAUAAUAUGAUAGAUAUUAUGUUGUGCUUAUUUAAGGUUAUUAUAAUACCCUAUUUUUAUUGUUUCCAUAUUUUGUUUGUUACUAAGAGUAUAAAGUAAAAAUAAAAAAGAUUUACUCAAUUGAUGCUCCUGUUGUAUUUAUUUUUUUGCUAUAGCUGUUCCAAAAGAUAUGUUGAUAUAUAAUUCAAUGUAAAGAAUAAAAAAAAAACCUUUUCUAAUAAUGUGUAUCAAGAAAGUGUCAAAAACAGGACUUUACAUUAAAAUU